AGCGAAACUCGUACGCAGAGAGACUCCCUCCGUUUUUGAGGAAGAAGAGUUUUCUCUCCGUCGAACUGCGUUCCCUUCAUGAUCCUGCAAGCCUGGAAAAGCCUCGUACCUAUCAUAGGUGUCGAAUUACGCCAACCACCGUAGGGUGUAGAUGGAUACAAGGACAGUGACUGCCAUAAUAGGCGCGCCAACAGAGUCGUCGAAAGAUACCCAGGGCGAUAAUACCAACACUGCCACACUACGAGCGAUCCCAUCAAUGGAAACCAAGUCCGAACCACCGACCCAACAAUGCCAUCUACUCCGAUUGCCCCCAGAGGUCCGCAACCUGAUCUACAAACACCUAUUCAGCGAUAUCUCCCCCUGUUCAGAGCUGGUAUACUACACCGAAGCCGACGCGAGACCCCCAGGCGAAAGACUACCCGCAUUCAAACGCCGCAUCGCCGCCGGCUUCGCCUGCGUUCGUAGCCGUGAGGGCCGCCACUGCAAAUACACCCUAAAAGAAUACAACCAACUGAAAUACGUCUGCCGCCAACUGCAGGCCGAAUGCACCGAUCUGGAACUCCGCCACGCUCCUGUCCUAUUCCGACGAGUCAAGGACGAGCUGCCGGGCAAGCGAUUCGUGGAUUUCGUAAACGGCCCGUCGGGCAUAAACACUUCGUUGCUACGGAGAGUCGAACUGGAUCCCGUCUUCGUUAGUUUUGAGAAGGGCGGGUAUCAAUUCGACAACGUGAAGACGUUCAUCGAGAUCGCGACGUUCUGCCGCUGCAAUCCUUUGGCGCGUGUUCAGUACAAUGUCAUGGAUUGCUCUCGAAUAAAGAGCAAGAGGGGGCAGAUUUGGUUAUUUGCUCAUCAUUUCGUCUUCCUCAAACUGGCCUUACGUGGUUCUACGUUGGAUAUCUUUAAGCGCGGUGGAGCUUACCAUGACGAGCGGUUGUACUUUCUGAGGGAUCGGUGGAGGGCGGAAGAGUGGCGUCGAGGUCAUGAUGUUGCGGAAUUGAACGCCCCAAACCUCUCGUUUCGGUCCAAGAAUACCAAAUGGCCUUCUGAGCAGGUGAUCUUGCAAAGCGAGGUGCACUUCCUGGCACCCUGUAUCUGGGAUUUUAUUAAAAAUGGCCUGUGAAUAAGUCUCACUGGAGUAGACCUUUACGUCUAGCACCGUGCACUUCUAUACUAUAGAUCGUUAGGAUGUGUAUGUUCAUAUUCAUUCUAAGCCAACUAAUGCUACGAAGCGCAUCAGAUCUACCUAUAAAGGAAUGAAGCCGGUUGGUUUCCAGUCCUGGGCGAUCAUAUACGGUGUUGAUUCGGCUGGUUCCAAGCUCG